GACAACGAUACCCCAUACAUAACUCAAACUGACACGGAAUCUGAUACAGAGGAAGUACACACUAGAGUUGACUAUGAGAAACCUACAUGUGAUCUUUGCGGAGAAAGUUUUGCACUGAAAUCCGAUUUGAAGAAACAUAUCAUGAUUCAUAUCCAUGUACCUACCACACACCAUCCACAAGCGGGUACUGAUACGGAAUCGGAUACUGAAGAGAAAAACAUCGAUAUUGACUGUGAGAAUGAACCUACAUGUGAAAUUUGUGGCGAGAAAUUUGCUCUAGACUCAAAUUUAAUGAAACAUGUAAUGAUCCAUAUGUACGUAGCUCGGACUAAACAAAUGUAUGAACAUUCAGAAAUGAAUACUUAUGAGUGUGACAUUUGCGGUAAAAUAUUUAAGCGAAAAAAUAGCUUAAAGCGUCAUAUUAAAACACACUCGACCCAGUCAAAGUCUAAGGACUUUAAAUGCAACAUAGGAGAGAAAUCAUACAACUGCGAAACAUAUGACAAGCGUUUUAUAGAUAGAGAUCGGUUGAAAAGACAUUUACUAAUUCACACGGAUAAAAGACCAUAUUCGUGUGACGUAUGUGAAAAACGAUUUAGAUAUUCGAGUCAUUUAAUACGUCAUACACGGAUUCAUACUGACAUAAGACCAUAUUUGUGUGACGUAUGUAAAAAACGGUUUAAAACUGGGAGUGGUUUAGAAAUUCAUACACGGCUUCAUACUGGCGAAAAACCAUACAUAUGCAGGAUAUGUCGAAAGAGUUUCGUAUCUAAUAGUGGGCUGAAUGAACAUAUACGAACUCACACCUGCAUAAGACCAUACUAUUGCGAAACAUGUGGCAAGCGUUUUGCAGCUAAAUGUCGGUUGAAAAGACAUUUACUAAUUCACACGGACAUAAGACCAUAUUCGUGUAACGUAUGUGAAAAACGAUUUAGAUAUGCGACUCAUUUAAAAGUUCAUACACGGAUUCAUGGUGACAUAAGACCAUAUUUGUGUGAGGUAUGUGAGAAACGAUUUAGAACUGGGACUGAUUUAAAAAUUCAUAAACGGCUUCAUACUGGCGAAAAACCAUACACAUGCAAGAUAUGUGGAAUGAGUUUCGCAUCUAAUAGUAGGAUGCGUUCACAUAUACGAAUUCACACCGACAUAAGACCAUAUUCGUGUGUCGAAUGUAAAAAACGAUUUUUAACUGCCUAUUGUUUAAAAAUUCAUAUACAGCUUCAUACUAGGGAAAAGUCGUUUUCCUGUGACAUAUGUAACAUGCGGUAUCUGCGAAAAAAAGAAUUACUGAUGCACAAAUUCACCAUUCAUGAACUUCGUAAAUAAUUUAGGGGGAGGACUAUUUUUUGUUACAUGAGGGAUCAGUCUUGGUAAUUCUUACGUAAGAUCGCAAUAAUGCUACCAAGCGCGGUCUGAUCAAAAUUAUAACAUUUAGAAAAGUAAAGAUGAAAAAUAUAUACUUUAAAAUAAAGUCAAAGUUAUCACC